UCGGCAGGAGUGCAAUCCCGGACAGAAUUAACUGUAACACCAGCUGGAUACAUGUGAGUGACGGUGUUGUCGUGGAAACGGAGCGAUGAGGCGGCUAUACAUCGGCGGGUUGAGCCACUCAGUCACCCAGAAAGAUCUGAAGGAUCGAUUUGGAAAGUUUGGAGAUGUGGAGGACGUGGAGGUCCGGACCAGGAGGGACGAUGAGGGUGUUCCUUAUAAAACCUUCGGCUACAUUAACAUCAACAUUUCAGACACCGACCUGAAGAAAUGUUUGACGGUACUGAACAAAUCCAAAUGGAAAGGAGGAACUCUGCAGAUUGAAACAGCCAAAGAGAGUUUCCUGCACAGACUGGCUGAGGAGCGGCAGGCGGCAGCAGAGCAGCGUCUCCAGCAGCCUGCAGCUGAGGACAACAGACAGAAGCUGCUGGACUCCAUGAGCAAAGCCGGCGUGGACAACUUCACCAUGAAGGCUGCGGUGCCGGGGACCGAAAUACCAGGACACAAGGACUGGGUGGUCAGUAAAUUCGGGCGAGUCCUCCCCGUCCUGCAGCUCAGGUGUCAGAAAGGCAGCAGAGCUCGAACCCUGAAGUACGACCCGUCCAAAUACAGCCACAACAUCCGCAAGCUGGACCGGUCCACCGAAAACCAGCCCACACCCGUCACCCAGCUCACCUGGGAGGUGCAGGGAGGCGAUGAUGACAUCAGCAAGAAGAGGCGGGGAGAGUUUCCUCCGUAUGAGCCACCGAGACGCAAGAAGAGUCGUACAGAUGACUCCCAGCAUGCUGUGGGCAGAAACAGAUUAAAGCAGAUUGUUGAGCCUGUCAAUCACAGCAAGGCUCAUCAGUUCACCAACGGAUAUGAACCAACGGCAGACCACAGACCGGCUCAGCGGAGGCCGCCACGUUUCACUGACAGUGAUGUCGAUUCAGACGAGGAAAUACGCAGAAUGGUGGCGGCUCAGAACACCUCCCAUGCUGCACUGCGGCAGGAAGAGGAGGAGGACAACCUGGAAGUGGUCGGACUCGACUACUUGGUGAAGUCUGGGCGCCUUCGUGAGCAGCAGAAAGGAGGUCAAGAUGAUGAAGAAGAGAAUGGCUACGACUCUGCAGACACAGAUGAACUCUUCGCCUCCAGGAAACCUCCUCCUCCUCCACCGCUGGAGAGACUGAUGCUGCCCACUGAAGAACACCUCUCAGGAACCAACACAGACAGGAAGAAGAAGACGAAGAAGAAGAGAAGUAAAGCUGGAGAGGAAGAGGAUGAUUCGGCAGAGGAACACAUCACCUCCACGCAGCGGAGAGGGCAGGCGGAUAAACAAAGUCCUCAGAAGCAAAGUAAGAAGACGACAGUCCUUCCUGUAGUAAAACCACCUUCCUCAGAAUCAGAUAGUGAUGGGGAUGAUGAAGACGAUGAUGAGGAGGAGGAGGAUGAAGAUGAGGAGGAGUUAGAAUCAGCUGAUAACAGUUCAGACUCUGAUUAUGAAGCCAUGUUUUCUAACGUCACCCGUCUGGAGAUCUCUCUGGCUGAUCUACAGAAGCUCGCUGAAGAAUCCCAGCUGACCUCUGAGACUACAGCUCCCAGCAUCCCCGGAACCUCCUCGGUACAAGAAACUGCAGAACGUCCCGCUCCCAAAAAAGGCACCACGCCGGAGGAGAUCCUCGCCGCCAUCAUGGAGGAGGACAGCAGCGAGGACGAGCAGGUGAAGAAAAAGAAGAAAAGAAAAGCUGUCGUGUCACCGGCGCUGCCUGCCUUCCAGGGGACGAGAGCGCUGAGCGAGGGAUCGGAAACAGACGAGUGUCAGAGGAGUCAGAAGAAGGAGGAGGAGGAGGAGGAGGAGGAGGAGGGAAGAGGAGGUGAGGCUAAAAAACAGAAGCUGGACUCUAAAGCUCCUCAGCUGAACCACAGAGCAACAGACAGCAAAACCAGCGGGCAGAAACACACAGAAACAGAGAAGGAGACUUCAGAGAGCAGUGAGGAGGAAGAGGAGGAGGAGGCAGAAGAGGAAGAGGAGGAGGAGGAAGAGGAAGAGGAGGAGGAGGAAGAAGUGGGGGAACAGGAGAAAAAAGCAGAGGUGAAGAACAAGGCUGAGAAAGCUGGGACAUGUUCCUCCUCUAGCAGUGAUGAUGAUGAGGAGGAGAUGAAUAAGGCCAAUCAGACUGUUCUUACAGCUAAAGCUGCAGCAGCCUCUUCAUCUUCAUCCUCAAACUCCUCCGCUGAGGAAGAAGAGGAUGAGCAAGAGACAAUCACAUCUGGAGAUGCUGUGAAGGCAGCACCUCCAUCUGCUCCUCACAGUGAUUCCUCUUCCAGCGAGGAGGAAGAGGAGGAGGAGGAAGAAAAGCAGGCUCCUCCUCGGGUGCCUUUAGGAGCAAAGGAGGAAGAGGAGCGGCAGAGGAAGGCCAACCUGAGGAGGCUGGCUGCCGUCCAGCAGAGGCAGAAAGAGGCUGAAGAACACAAGAAGCUCAUCCAGGGAGCUCUGUCCAACCUGGACGCUCCAACAGCAGGAGCAGGAAAACAUAUCGUCUUUGGUUCUGAUGAUGAUGAUGAGGAUGAUGAAGAUGAGCAGCAGACGACCUCAGAGGUCACCACGCCAAAGAAGACGCUGUUCCAGGACAGCCAAUCAGAGGACGAGGCCACAGAUGAUGAGGCAGCCGUCAGUGAGGACGACACCAGUAAAGAAAAGGUGCGUCUGAAGCCAUCAGGUCCUCAGCUGUUUGCCGGCAGUGAGGAUGAGGAAGGUGCAGAUGAAGAGGAGGACAGCAGCAGGUUUGACAUCAGGCCACAGUUUGAAGGUCGAGCAGGACAGAAGCUGAUGGAGCUGCAAUCUCGCUUCGGGACAGACGAGCGUUUCCGAAUGGACUCUCGCUUCCUGGAGGAGGACGAGGACGGAGAGGAGUCAGAGAAAAAGAAGAGUGUGACAGAGGAAGAGGAGGCUCUGGAGGAGGAGAGGAAGAAGAACCUGUCCAUCCUGCAGAGCGUCCUCGGCAGCAAUCAGCAAACCUGCAGCAGCAAGACGACCACCAAGGGCAAGACCUUCAGAGACGUCACAGCGCUGCAUUACGACCCCAGCAGAGAGGAACACGCUGCGUUUGAGACCAAAACUGAUGAAACCAAGAAGGAGAGCAAGGCGGCCCGGAGGAAGAAGAGGGAGGAGGCUCAGAAGCUCCCGGAGGUUUCUAAGGAGAUUUACUUUGACGUGUCUGGCGACCUGAAGGCCGUGUUUGGUCAGACGAAGGAGGAUGACGUCGCUGGAGAAGACGAGAAGAGGAACUGGGACCAAGAGGAAGAAGAGGAGGCUGAAGGAGGGAAGGACGAGCAAUCAACCCCGCUGUCAUCUCUGCUCUCAGCCGAUCCAAGCGCAGAGAAAGUGGAGUCGUCUGGAUUUAAAUUCUCCUUCUUUGGAGACGACGCGGAAACAGGAGGUGGAGAGACAGAGGAGUACAAAGUAGAGAGCAUCCAGGUGCCAAAGGUAUCAUGGCAACAAAACCUACGUUUCCAUGACAGCAGCUCAGAUGAGGAUGAGGAAGAGCAGGAGGAAGAGGAGGAGCAAAGUAACAUCGCCGUUACAACCACAGAAGAGGAGACUCCUUCAAAGAGAGAGCUGUUCUUCUUCUUCUCUGAAGACAUCAGACUGAAAGAAGGCCCCAGGUUGUUCUGUCGCUCCUCCCACCUGGAGGAGCAGAGGGAGCAGUGGGAGGAGAGGAGGAGCGAGCUCAAACAGGAGUACCGCAAAAAACACAAGGACGCCCGGAGGAAGCUGAGGUCCUCCCUGAAGAGUUGAGAAUUAUGGGAAGUGAAGUCUCUGUGUUUCAGUUUAUACUCACUGGUCUGGACUUCAGAAGCUGCAGGAGCUGACAGAUUAUCUUUCCCGUCUUGGUGCCGUUUUGUGCCUCAGACUGAUUUAAAAGUCAGCGGGAGGGAGACCAAAUGGCAGCUGAAGACAAAGACAUCAAGUGAAAGUUAAAGAUUAUCAAAGUAUCAGAUUUAUAUGUUUAUAUUGGUAAAUACUCAGAUAUUUUGUGAUCUUUUGGUUCAUGAGGUUUGGUUUCUUCGUUAGUUGCAAAGGAAACAAUGCUGCCAAUUAGCAACAGCAGCCGAUCGCAGAUUCAAGAGAACAAAACCUGUAUAUAUAUAUAUAUAUAUAUAUAUAUAUAUAUAUAUAUAUAUAUAAUAU